GGAGGAGGGCGCCAUGGCGUCCGUGCAAGCGUCCCGCCGCCAGUGGUGCUACCUGUGCGACCUGCCCAAGAUGCCGUGGGCCAUGGUGUGGGACUUCAGCGAGGCCGUGUGCCGCGGCUGCGUGAAUUUCGAGGGCGCGGACCGCAUCGAGCUGCUCAUAGACGCCGCCCGCCAGCUCAAGCGCAGCCACGUGCUCCCGGAGGGCCGCUCGCCGGGACCCCCGGCCCUCAAGCACCCGACCUCCAAGGACCUGGCCUCCACGGGCUCCCAGAGCUCCCAGUUGCCACCCCCGCAGGCCCAGGCGCAGCCAUCGGGGACCGGAGGGAGCGUCUCGGGCCCGGACCGCUAUGACAGGGCUGCAUCGUCCAGCCGCCUGGCGUUGCCUUCGCCGGCUUUGGAGUACACCCUGGGGUCCCGUCUGGCCAACGGGCUGGGCCGCGACGAGGCCGUGGCGGAAGGGGCACGCAGGGCUUUGCUUGGCUCUAUCCCCAGCUUGAUGCCCCCGGGGCUGUUGGCAGCUGCAGUGUCUGGCCUGGGAGGCCGAGCCCUGACGCUGGCCCCUGGCUUAAGCCCCGCUCGUCCGCUCUUCGGCUCCGAUUUCGAGAAGGAGAAGCAACAGAGGAACGCGGACUGUCUGGCAGAACUGAACGAGGCCAUGCGGGGCCGGGCGGAGGAGUGGCAUGGGCGUCCCAAGGCUGUGCGGGAGCAGCUGCUGGCGCUGUCCGCCUGCGCCCCUUUCAAUGUCCGCUUCAAGAAGGACCACGGGCUGGUGGGAAGGGUGUUCGCCUUUGAUGCCACGGCCCGCCCCCCUGGCUAUGAGUUUGAGCUGAAGCUCUUCACCGAAUACCCCUGCGGUUCUGGCAACGUGUACGCCGGGGUCCUCGCAGUGGCCCGGCAGAUGUUUCACGAUGCUCUUCGAGAGCCCGGGAAGGCCCUGGCCUCCUCCGGCUUCAAGUACCUCGAAUACGAACGCCGCCACGGUUCAGGGGAAUGGCGCCAGCUGGGAGAGCUGCUUACCGAUGGGGUCCGAAGCUUCCGAGAGCCUGCCCCUGCAGAGGCCCUGCCCCAGCAGUACCCAGAACCGGCCCCUGCUGCUCUGUGUGGCCCACCACCGCGAGCCCCGUCCCGGAACCUGGCGCCCACGCCACGCCGUCGCAAGGCAUCCCCCGAGCCCGAGGGUGAGACGGCUGGGAAGAUGACCACGGAGGAACAGCAACAGCGGCACUGGGUGGCACCAGGUGGUCCUUACUCUUCAGAGGCUCCUGGGGUGCCCUCACCUAUUGCUGCCCUCAAGAAUGUGGCCGAGGCCCUGGGCCACUCACCCAAGGACCCUGGUGGGGGUGGAGGCCCUGUGCGCGCAGGGGGCGCUAGCCCCGCCGCUUCCUCCACGACCCAAGCACCAACACAGCAUCGCCUAGUCGCCCGCAACGGAGAGGCAGAAGUCAGCCCCACAGCCGGGGCUGAAGCUGUCAGCGGGGGUGGUAGCGGCACAGGGGCGACCCCUGGAGCCCCCUUGUGCUGUACCCUGUGCAGAGAGAGGCUGGAAGACACCCACUUCGUGCAGUGUCCCUCGGUCCCCGGACACAAGUUCUGUUUUCCUUGCUCCCGAGAGUUCAUCAAGGCGCAGGGCCCAGCCGGAGAGGUGUACUGCCCCAGUGGAGACAAAUGUCCGCUGGUGGGUUCCUCUGUCCCCUGGGCCUUCAUGCAGGGCGAGAUCGCUACAAUCCUUGCUGGAGACAUCAAGGUCAAGAAAGAAAGGGACCCGUAGGCUGCCACUGCCAUCAGGCUACCUUUCCCCCCUUUCCCCCCCUUUGACCAUCCACCGCAGCUGCGGAUAAAUUAUUCCCUACCCCACCCAACCCAGAAACCCUAAGCUGUGUAUAUAUCCUUUUCCUCUGCCCAAGAUGGGUCCCCUGGGGUAGAUACAUUGUGGGUGGGGGAGGAAGAGAGCUGUGGCUCCUGUCAGAGCGGGUGUUUGGAGUUCCUGGGCCCUCCAAUUUCCUUCUCCUUCCUUGGCUUGGCUUUCCUGCUGUUGGUAGUUGGGGGGAGAGGUACCCCGCUUGUUCUUGAGAAGAGACCUCCUGAGAGCUCGCUCUUCAUAAAUGAAGCAAAAGCAUUUUAUUGCCCC